AUGUGGUGGACAUUCAGCGUGCUCUUCAGCGCCGUCUUCCUCUUCACCAUUGUCCUCUCCAUACCCGUCGCCUUCGACGUCGGCGGCCGGGACUCGGGCCUCGCCUACAGCCUCGCCCUCUUCGUCUACUACUUCGCCUACUCGUGCCUCCGCAUCGCCGUCCCUGAGCGCUCCCGCUUCGCCUGGUCCGUCCACGCCUUCCUCCGCCUCUCCCAGUGGGUGGUGAUCCCGUCCCUGCUCAUCUGGGCCCUCGGCCAGUUCGCCGUCGACGCCCCCAGCUCCGCCGGCUGGGUCGAGCGCACCCUGGGCAGCGUCCUGCACCAGACCCGCGCCGCCGCCGGAGCCUCCGUCACCUGGUCCGACUACUUCUUCGGCAAGAAUGGCCUGCUCGAGACCGUCACCCUCGGCGUCUGGGACAGCAUCCUCCUCUACUCCGGCCCCGUCUUCCAGCUGCUCGAGGGCUUCUGCACCCUGCUCGUCAUCCAGGCCGCCGGCCAAAUCACCCGCUGGCUGGUGAACCGCGGACGCAGUGACACCUGGGUGAUCGUUCUCCUCGUCUUCUCUGCAUCCAUCAUCGCCAGCGCCGUCUACUUUCUCUGGCGAGUCGCCCAAUUCCCGCAAAUCAGCAACUUUGACGCCACCCUCAUCGGUGUCACCAUGACCACGGCUGUCUUUCUCUGCGCCUACGGAAUUGGGAGUGGACGCGGUAGCCCCGUAGAGUCGUCGCUGCUCUUUGCCUACGUCGUUCUCUGCGUUUACCAAAUCUUCACCGACUACAUGCCCUCCGACCCGGCCGUCAACCCCGAUGACAUCGGCGUCGCUCAGCCAGAGUUCCCGCCUCUGCCACCCAUAAUCAUGGCCUCGUACUCGACCCUCGUGCACCUCGUCAGCUCCUUGCCCAGCGCGAUGCACUCGUCGCUCGCCUUUCUCUACGCCGCGUUCCAGACCAUCACUCCGUCCGUCAUCAUCUCGCUCACAUACAGACUCCUCGUCUUCUACUGCGCGACCCGCAUCAUCCCGUCAGUGCGCGAUCUCGGCGCGAGAGCACUCCUGCGGGACCCCGACUUUGACGAUACCGAGGCUUCCAACGUCUUUCUUGGCAUCCUCAGCUGGUUCUCCCCGUCGAUCCUCGUGUCCGUCUACACCAGCUUGUUGCUCCAGCACUUUUCUGCCAGUGAAGGGCCCGACGGUUGGACGUUACGGGCCGGCGACGCGGGAAGCAGCAACUGGCGCUGGAUCAACGUCGGCCUCACCAUGGGCCUGUACGGUGUCGAGCUCUACCUCGGCUCUGAGCAACAAGAUCACUGGAAGGUGGACUAA